AUGACGAGCCUACAGCACCCCCCGUUGAGCUAUGAGGCCUCGGCCACCACCACGCACCCUCACUUCGCUACAUGCCUGCCGCAGGAAGUGGUCUCUUGCCUCAAGAACUCUCGAUUCCUACAUCUUGCAACAUGCGAUGGACUCAAUCCUCACAUCUCCCUUAUGAGCUACACCUUUCUCCCCUCCACGCCAUUCAACCCCACCCCGACUAUUAUCAUGACCACCAACCCCUCAUCCAAGAAGACACUCAAUCUCCGCUCGAAUCCACGGGUCUCCCUCCUGGUACAUGACUGGGUUUCUCACAGACCUCCCACCCGGACCCGAGAUGCCGGACGGGAAGGGUCUCCGCCUCCCGCAGCCACGCAGUCCAGUCUUGCCACCUUACUUCUAAACCUCAACACUAGUGCCAUGAGCAGUAUCAGCACCACCAUAAUCGGGGAAGCCCGAGUCCUUGAUGUAGGCAGUGAGGAAGAGAAGUGGUGUAGAGAACGCCACUUGGAGAGCAAUACGUUUAUUGCGGACGAAGGGGGAAUUGGCGUCUUUAGUAGCAGUGGCCAGGCGCAGCAGGGAAGCACAGGAGAACAGGAACGGCGGCCAUCUAUUAUGGAUGACGAUGUCAAUGUCGUCGUCGUAGCCGUCAAGGAAGGCAGGAUUGCGGAUUUAAAAGGUGGGGUGAGAGAUUGGGCUGUUGUGACAGAAGGGCAGAUGAAUGGAGUAGCUCCAGGUAGCUAA